CCCGGAGCAGAGACGCCGCCCCACCCCACCCGUUUGCCUGCUCAGCAGGGGCAGGAGACACAGCACACACUCUGGGGCUCUGGCUCCGCACUGGGGCCAGGGGUCGGUGCCAGGGCAUGGAUGCCAACCUCCAGAGGUCCCCGCCGCUGGCCACAACCAUCUUCUCCACACAGCCAAUGGUGGGGGAAGAAAGAGGGGGUCUUCCUGCCACCCCUCAGCACCCACCCAGUGUUCCAGGAGUGAGUGAAGGUGCGAGCCUGUGAGGCCCGGCCAUGGCACGCGAGCGCACGCGGUCGCCGGGCCCCGCUGCCACUGCCCCACCACGCCGCCGAGGCCGCCAGCGCUACGUGGAAAAGGACGGACGCUGCAAUGUACAGCAGGGCAACGUGCGCGAAACCUACCGCUACCUGACAGACCUGUUCACCACGCUCGUGGACCUGCGCUGGCGCCUCAGCCUGCUGGUCUUCGUUCUGGCCUACGCGCUCACCUGGCUCUUUUUCGGGGCCAUCUGGUGGCUCAUCGCCUACGGCCGUGGCGACCUGGAGCACCUGGAGGACGCGGCGUGGACCCCGUGCGUCAACAACCUCAAUGGCUUCGUGGCCGCCUUCCUCUUCUCCAUCGAGACCGAGACCACCAUUGGCUAUGGCCACCGCGUCAUCACGGACCAGUGUCCCGAGGGCAUCGCGCUGCUGCUGCUGCAGGCCAUCCUGGGCUCCAUGGUCAACGCCUUCAUGGUGGGCUGCAUGUUCGUCAAGAUUUCGCAGCCCAACAAGCGCGCCGCCACGCUGGUGUUCUCGUCCCACGCCGUGGUGUCGCUGCGCGACGGCCGCCUGUGCCUCAUGUUCCGCGUGGGCGACCUGCGCUCCUCGCACAUCGUCGAGGCCUCCAUCCGUGCCAAGCUCAUCCGCUCGCGCCAGACGCUCGAGGGCGAGUUCAUCCCGCUGCACCAGACCGACCUCAGCGUGGGCUUUGACACGGGCGACGACCGCCUCUUUCUCGUGUCACCCCUGGUCAUCAGCCACGAGAUCGACGCGGCCAGCCCCUUCUGGGAUGCGUCCCGCGGCACGCUCGAGAGGGACGACUUCGAGAUCGUGGUCAUCCUGGAGGGCAUGGUGGAGGCCACGGGGAUGACGUGCCAAGCCCGAAGCUCCUACUUGGUGGAUGAGGUGCUGUGGGGCCACCGCUUCACAUCUGUCCUCACGCUGGAGGAUGGCUUCUACGAAGUGGACUAUGCCAGCUUCCACCAGACCUUCGAGGUGCCGACACCGUCCUGCAGUGCCCGGGAGCUGGCUGAGGCUGCUGCCCGCCUGGAUGCUCACCUCUACUGGUCCAUUCCCAGUCUGCUGGAUGAGAAGGUGGAGGAGGAGAGCCCCCAGGAGGGUGCAGGAGGCGAGGUAGAUGCUGACCAGAAGCCUGCCCCACAGAGCCAGGGUGAGAUCAAGGUGUGAGCAGGUGGCAGGGAUGCCCACAUGGGCCUGGGUGAUGGAUGCUCAGUGGGGUCCGGUGGACUGCGAGAAACCAGAGCUUGCUCCAGAGAGACAUGGCUAGAGGGAGUAGAGGCAGGGGACAGUGGGGGGCCCAAUGCAGGCACAGGGCAGGGCCUAUCUGACACACAAAAUCUUUGUGUACAUACCCCACUGAGAGUUGGCAGGGAGCGGGUUUGGGUGCCCCUUAGCACCCCAUCUUCCAGCAGCAAGGUGGCAGACACUGAGUCCUGUUCCCCUCUUCUGCCAUGAUUGGCCCCAAGCACCCCAAGGAAGCAGACAGGGGAUGUCAGCAGGGGCAUGAAUUGCUCUUCUGGGACUAAGAUCUCAGCCCCACAGAAGGAAGAAAGGUGGAAGAGAGGUCACUGGGGUACCUUAGAAUGCAGAGCUUGCUUGGGGGUCACAGUGGGGGGUCACAGUAUAUCCCCAGGACAAACACCCUAUAGGGAAAGGGCUCCCACUAUAACGGGCGAUGGGUGAUGACUGAAGGGGGAAG